AUGACCCCCUCGUGCUGCUCCCCGCGCUGUCAGCCCACCUGCUGCAGGACCACCUGCUGUGAGUCCAGCUGCUGCCAGCCCUGCUGCCCCCCCACGUGCUGUCAAACCACCUGCUGCAGGACCACCUGCUGCAGACCUACCUGUGUGACCAGCUGCUGCCCGCCCACCUGUUGCAGCAAACCCUGCUGUCAGCCCACCUGCUGUGAGUCCAUCAGCUGCCAGCCCUCUUGCCCUCCAACUUGCUAUCAAACUAGUGAAACCACCUGCUGUAGGACCACCUGCCACAAGCCUACUUGUGUCUCCCCGUGCUGCCAGCCCACGUGCUGUGAGUCCAGCUGCUGUCGGCCUUGCUGCCCCCCAACUUGCUAUCAGACUAGUGAAAACAUCUGCUGUAGGACCACCUGCUGCAAACCUACCUGUGUGACCACCUGCUGUCAGCCCGCCUGCGGUGGGCCCAGCUGCUGCCAGCCUUGCUGUCGCCCUAUCAGCUGUCAGACCACGUGCUGCAGGACCACCUGCCUCAAGCCUAUUUGUGCGACCACCUGCUGCCAGCCCACCUGCUGUGAGUCCAGCUGCUGUCAGCCCUCCUGCCCCCAAACUUGCUGUCAAAUCACUGAAACCACCUGCUGCAAACCUACUUGUGUGACCAGCUGCUGUCAGCCCACCUGCUGUGGAUCCAGCAGCUGUGGACAAACCUGCAGUGGUUCUAACUGCUGUCAGCCAGCUUCCUGUGCACCCGUGUACUGCCAUAGAACCUGCUACCACCCCACAUGCUGCUGCCUGCCUGGGUGCCAAGCCCAGAGCUGUGGAUCCAGCUGCUGCCAGCCUUGCAGCCGCCCUGUCUGCUGUCAGACCACCUGCUGUCGGACCACCUGCUGCCGCCCGAGCUGUGUGUCCAGCUGCUGCCAGCCUUCCUGCUGCUGA